UCUGCAGCGGCAUUGAACUCGCACAGAAAAGGAGAGGCCAACAAAAGAAAAAAGGGACAAACUGGACAAUGCUUUGGUGAAGGACCUUCUAUCACUACUACUAACUUGGAUUUGCACGAAAUGUACAUUAGGCAUUAACUGGUUAUGAUGUACUGAGGACUGCUGGUAAGGAGGAGGAGGAGUGUUCAGGGUCGGAGAUCAUAAAGCACUUUGAGAAAGACGUCGCCCUGAAUGCAGCGCAGCAGCACCGCAGCCAGGAGGACCUGAAGUGCGUUUAACCCCCGAAAGUUGCGUCGAUGUGGGUAUGAUUCGUAUCUGAUUCGCUGCUCAGCUGCCUGGAGAGGACUGCGGAGGGGCUGAUCGCCGCAUUGUGGCAACCGACACCCUCGAUUCCUGCCCGAGGACUGCACAAGCCGCUCUUCGCAAAAUGUCAUCUCAGGCCAAAGUCAAGAAGGACAAAGAGAUUAUUUCCGAAUAUGAGACCCAAGUGAAAGAGAUUCGUAACCAGCUGGUGGAGCAGUUCCGAUGUCUGGAGCAGCAGUCUGAGUCCCGUCUACAGCUGCUGCAGGACCUGCAAGAGUUCUUCCGCCGAAAGGCCGAACUCCAGCUAGAGUACUCCCGAGGGUUAGAUAAGCUGGCUGAGCGCUACUCCUCCAAGAUCCGCAGUUCCAGAGAGCACCAGCACUUCAAAAAAGACCAAAAUCUAAUCUCCACUGUGAACUGCUGGUAUUUGGUGUUGGACCAGACCCGGCGAGAGAGCCGAGACCACGCCACUCUCAGCGACAUCUAUAACAACAACGUCAUUAUCCGCUUGGCACACGUGGGCGAGGAUGUCACCAGACUCUUCAAAAAGAGUAAAGACACUGGGAUCCAGAUGCAUGAAGAGUUGGUGAAAGUCACCAAUGAACUCUAUACGGUUAUGAAGACGUACCACAUGUACCACAGUGAAAGUCUGAGUGCUGAGAACAAGUUGAAGGAGGCAGAGAAACAGGAGGAGAAGCAUAUUGGUAAGGUGAACGACAUCAGUGCUGGCCUGUUGCGUCACGGUCACGAUGAACGUCCCCAGCGAAGAAGUUCAGUCAGGAAGAUGGAGAAAAUGAAGGAGAAGAGACAGGCCAAGUACUUUGAAAAUAAGCUGAAAUGCACAAAGGCCCGGAAUGACUAUCUCCUCAAUCUGGCAGCUACCAACGCCCUGGUUGCCAAAUAUUACAUCCACGAUGUGUCAGACAUGUUAGAUUGUUGUGACCUAGGCUACCAUGCAAGCUUGGCACGCACCAUGAGGACCUAUCUGUCUGCUGAAUACAGCCUGGAAACCUCUCGCCAUGAGGGUUUGGAUCUACUCGAAGGAGCCGUAGAUGCCAUGGACAUUAGAGGGGACAAGCUAAGGUUUAUGGACACACACAGUCAGAUCUUCUGUCCUCCAACACGCUUUGACUAUCAGCCACAUAUGGGGGAUGAGGUGUGUCAGGUUAGUGCACAGCAGCCUGUCCAGACAGAGCUUUUGAUGCGUUACCACCAGCUGCAGUCUCGCCUCGCCACGCUGAAGAUAGAAAAUGAAGAGGUGAAGAAGACUCUUGAUGCCACCAUGACAACCCUUCAAGAUAUGCUCAGUGUGGAGGACUUUGAUGUAUCGGAAGCCUUCCAGCAUAGCCAGUCCACAGAGUCCGUCAAAUCGGCCUCAUCUGACUCCUACAUGAGCAAGGCAAACACAGCUAAAAGACGAGCCAAUCAGCAAGAGACGGAGGGCUUCUACUUCACAAAAUACAAAGAGUACUUGAAUGGCAGCAAUCUUAUUGUAAAACUGCAAGCUAAACACGACCUACUGAAGCAGACACUGGGAGAAGGGGAGAGGGCUGAAUAUGGAACAACAAGGCCCCCCACUCUUCCCCCUAAACCCCAGAGAAUGCGGAAGUGUAGACCUCGCUCCAUUUAUAAUCGUAAGCUGUUUAACGGCAAUAUGGAGGCCUUCAUUCAGGAUUCAGGGCAGCCUAUACCAGUGGUGGUUGAGAGCUGCAUUCGAUACAUCAAUCUGUAUGGUCUUCAGCAACAAGGUAUAUUCCGGGUUCCUGGAUCUCAGGUCGAAGUCAAUGACAUUAAGAAUGCAUUUGAAAGAGGAGAAGAUCCACUGGUGGACGAUCAGACGGAUCAUGACAUCAACUCUGUAGCAGGUGUCCUCAAGCUCUACUUCCGAGGGCUGGAAAACCCACUGUUCCCAAAAGAACAUUUCCUCGACUUCAUCUCCACCACCAAACUUGAUUCUGGUGCAGAAAGAGCUCAUCAUCUCCAGCAGAUAAUUGUGACUCUGCAGCGGCCUGUGAUCAUUGUCAUGAGAUACCUUUUUGCUUUUCUUAACCAUCUGUCCCAGUACAGUGACGAGAACAUGAUGGAUCCCUACAACUUGGCUAUCUGCUUCGGCCCCACGCUGAUGCCCAUACCAGACGACCAGGACCCUGUGGCCUGCCAAGCACAUGUUAAUGAGGUUAUUAAGACGAUCAUCAUCCACCACGAGGCCAUCUUUCCGAGCCAGAGGGAGUUGGAAGGACCGAUCUAUGAAAAAUGCAUGGCGGGAGGGGAAGAGUACUGUGAAAGUCCUCACAGUGAGCCUGGAGCUCUUGAUGAGAUAGACAACGGGACUGGACCGAACACAAGUGAUGAAGAGUUUGAGCCGAUUGAGGCCAUCGCGAAGUAUGACUAUGUGGGCCGAACUGCCAGGGAGCUCUCCUUUAAGAAGGGAGCAUCUCUGCUGCUGUACAUGAGAGCAUCUGAGGACUGGUGGGAGGGCCGGCACAGUGGUGUGGACGGGCUGAUCCCACAUCAGUACAUUGUAGUGCAAGACAUGGAUGAUGCAUUCUCAGACAACGUUCAGAGGACAGAAAGUGAGACCAGCAGUGGACCUCACUAUGAUGACAGGAAUUCAUCAAGAAAUGAACGUCAGUCUCCUUGCGAACAGGCUGCUGAGAGCCGUUUUGGACCUGCAUUAGGAAGGGUAAGAGUGCGAUCAGACGGAGCCGCAGUUCCCCGCCACAAGAACAACGGCGCAGGCAGCCUCAGCCCCACCAGAGCUGCCAAUCACCUGCCCAGGGUAAUGCCUCGCCCCUGCAGCCCACACAAGAUGGCCGUCAGCAGGGCCCACGCCGACAGCCCAGAGAAGCGACGCCUCACCACGUUCGGCAGCUCUGGCUCCAUCAACCACCCCAACAGGAAAGCAUUUGUUGAUAGUCACUCUCAGCAAUCAUCGCCGAGCACGACCCGACACGCAAGUUUAGGGGACCACAAAGCUCUGGAGGCUGAGGCGCUCGCGGAGGUGAGGGCUGCAACAAGUUAUCGAAUUGCAGACAUAGAAAAAACCAUGAAUACAGCCCUGCAUGAAUUGCGAGAGCUAGAGAGGCAGAAUGUAGCCAAACAUGCCCCCGAUGUUGUCCUCGACACCCUGGAGCCCCUCAAACACCCUGGUGUCACCCAGGAAAUAUCUGCCAGUCCCCUGCACACCAUGCUGAUAAGGGAUCCAGACGCAGCCCAGCGACGUAGCAGCAGCAGCUCCUCCUCCGAGACCAUGAUAACUUUCAAACCGUCCCUGUCUGCACGCAGACCAAGCGCACCUUUAAGGCCCCCGCCUGUCAGGCCAGUGCGACCGGCUCCAGUGAUCGGACCUGGCCAGGGACCACACCGCUCCAGCAGCUCCAGCUCUUCUGGUCUGGGCAGCCCGGGCAUUACCCCCACUGAAAGGGUCUUUCCUAAAGCGCCCUCCCCAUCCCCAUCCACAUCCUCUUCAUCCUCAGACAAACAGGGUAACAUGUAGCUCCAGUCUGCCAGCUGUCGGGAACAAUGUGGAUGCUAAUUGAUCUUAUCAGUACACCCCUACAGGUCUUUACUUCAAUAAUAAUGACACCCAGUAUGUCUGUAUAUUUACCACUAAUAUUGUAUAAGGUACGAUGGGUGCUUCCUGUUUCUGCCCGCACCUACUGGGAGCAAGUUACUGUUCUGUUUAACAGUUAUUGUAUUACACAGAGAUAGGAAUUAAAACUAUAGAAAUUAUUUAAUAGACUUAUACAAAACUGGAAUAAAGAAACGCACUGGAGAAUAUUUCUGUUUGCUAAGAUAUGAAACAUCUCACUGAAACAAUAUUAGAUUACACAGAUGCUGUAAGCUUGUGCUUUGUGUCUGGUUUCCAACUCCAUUACAACGAAACACUUACAGGAAUACCUCACCACUUACCACGUAGACAUUCAGACUGUGCUGGGGAUCCGUCUUGUGUUUGAAUGUUUCCUUCAGAGCCAUUUAUGUUGAUGGAGAGAGGUUACCCACUCUGGAACAAUAUAAGACAACAUGGCUGAAGGACCAUAUCCACUGCCUCUAUCUGCAUUUCUUCUGGUGAACAUUAAAUGUUGGCUCCGUGGAAAUUAGAACUGUGUUAUAUUUGCUUUGACAAUAGCCUCAAACCAUAUGGUAUUUGGAUAUGAUACACAUUCCAAUAUGUUAAGUUUUUUAAAAGUCUGGGAAAUGCUGCAGGUCCUAGUGAAACUCAUGGAAGCACAGGGAUUUGACUGGCACUGAAUUGCCAACUAAAGCACAAAUGUGAAAAAAUUGAUCCAAGCCCCAUUGUGAUCCAAGUUUGUGGUUCUGCUUUACUUUACAGGCAGCAUCAGCAAAAUCAGUACCAGUGAUCUAUCUCAUUGAGCCAUUUCUUGAUUUCCUGAUAUUUGAUAAAUACAGUGGUUUGCAAAAGUGUUCCCCUUAUACUUUUUCACAUUUUUUGUAGUUACAACCGCAUACUUCAUUGUAUUUAAUUGGGAAUUGUUGUAAUAGACCAACACAAAGUUUUUCUUUAUUGUGAAGUGGAGGGACAAUUAUACAUGUUUUUCAAAAUUUUGUACAAAUAAAAAUCUGAAAAGUGUUGCAUACAUUUGCUAGUUUCUCAGAGUCAGUGCUUUGUCAAACCACCUAUUGCUGCAGUUAUAGCUGCAAGUCUUUUGUGAUAUGUCUCUUCCUGCUUUGCACAUUCAUCUUGGCAAAAUGCCCUGAGCUUAAUCAGAUUGGUAGGAUAUAGUCUUUAAACAGACAUUUUCAGGUUUUUCAACAGAUUCUAAAUUGAACUUGGAUGUAGAAGAUGAAUGGUGCAUUCUGUCCCAUCUAAACCAUUGUAUUGUGACUCUUGCUUCAUGUUUAGGGUUAUUGUCUUGCUGUAAUAUGAACCUCGGUGUCAGGCUAAAGUCCUUUUCACCCUCUAAGAUGGUGGUUCUUAAACCUGGUUGGCAGAGCCUACUAUUUUUCAUGUUUUACAUGUAUCUCUGUUCCAGCCCACCCGAUUGCAAUUGAUUUCAUUAUGUCCUCAGCAUGCCAUAAGGUCCUGCAGAAGUUUGCUAAUCACCCGGUCAGGUGUGCGGCAGCAGGAAAACACCUUCACGCAGGACAGUGGAUCCUGAGGACCAGAGCUGAGAACUACUUCUUUAAAGCUAUGUUCACACUUCAGUCAAAUGCAGCCCAAAUCCAAUUUUUUUUUUUUUUGUGACCCAUAUCGACUUUUUCAUGUCAGUCUGAAUGACUCAAUUCCAUUUUUUUUCCCGUCAAAAAAAUCUUAAUUGUACUAAACCUUUGUACUAAAUCACAUACAUAUCCGACAGUUUUCAAAGUAUCUGCAGUCUGAACGAUCAUUUCGCCUUUCAUUCGACUUUUAUGUUGUUGUCUGGUCAUUGUUGGCUCCGACUAUGCAUCCACACAGACUUCUCUACAGACGUAGCAGUCUCUGCUACACUAAAGGCCAUUGUUAGGAUUUAUGCACAUUUUUUCUUACCUUUCUCCGUCUUGUUAUGACGUGGCCAUCAUAUUGUCGGCUUCCAUUGCUCAACAACUUAAAAAAUGAUACACAGACAACAACAUCCAAUUUUCCUUCCGUAAAAAGUGUGCUGCUGCAUGACGUCAGCAUUCUCCUUUUAGCUUUUUUUCAACAAUGGCUUUUUCUUGUACUCCAUUGAGGCCAGAUUUGUCGAGGGCAAGGCUAACAGAUUGUUAUGUUGACUGAUUGGAACUCUUUGACCUCUCCAGAGUUACCAUGGGCCUCUUGGCUUCUCGGCUUAACGCUUUACUUGUUUGGCUUAGCAUAUCUAGAUGAUGGAUUGAAUAGUGCUUCUUGAACAAGUCAAAGCUUUGGAUAUUGCUUUAUAACCUAAUCUUACUUCUCUACAACCUUGUAUGUGACCCAUCUGCUGUUACCUUGGUCUUCUUGUUGCUGUUUGUUUAUUAGGCUUUCACAGAGUUUAAAUGACACACAAAUUAUAUUUUCUAAGUUGUUGGUUUUGAAGGCUGUUGAUAGCACAGGAUUUUAUUAAGGGAUACCAGGGUAAAAUGAACUGAAUAGAAAAAUACACACAUUUCAGUGUGUUGGUUAAUUACAUAAUAUUUUAUUUAAAUACUCUAAUUUGUGGUUGCAAUGUGACAUGUUGUAAAAAGGUUCAAGGGGUAAUACUUUUGCAAUGGACAUCAAAGUGUGUUUGUAAAGCUGCUUCUUCUUAGGUCUUAUAAAAAAAAGACAAAAGACAGUAUCAUCUCAUCCUUCUGCUUCAUUCCAUUCGCUUCAUUCUCAUCAGUUUCAGAACAUUCCAGAUGGUGGCAAUAUAGACCAAGCUACAAUAAAACACAAGACAUGGACAGCUGGCAUAAUUUUCUAGCUUUCAUUAUCAUAUCUGUAACAAAACAUAUGAAGUCAAAGAUUUGUUUUAUUAAAUUAAACUAUAUUGCUAUCUCUUUUUACAACAUCAUUAGCUGUAUUUCUUCUGAAAGCAAGUAUGACACUUGCACAAUUCAGUUGACUAAAGCACUAAUAAACAGUACAUGGAGCUGAGCUGCAUUCGUUGGUUCUGUGUCUUCAAUCUGAAGCUGUUCUAGAGACAAACUUGUCUAGGUUGUACAUGGUCACUGCACCCUGUGUGGGUGUUGGUUGCUCUUUGUAACAUCUGUCAUCUGUUACUCCCUCCUCCAGGGGUCGAUUGACAUAUCUUUAAAGCGUAAAAGGUACACACAUUGGAAUUAAUUUACCUGUACUGCUAAAGAAUGCUUGUAAAUAUAACAUUGUAUCAUAGGAACAGGAUAUAUGUAUAUAUAUAUAUGUGUAAUGCGUAGAUUUUUUUGUAAUUCCAAUCAUUGCACAAAUAUUAGCUGAACAAUAAACGGAAAAAGUCUCAGAAACAUCAA